AUGCCGGAUCCAAGACCUCAGCCCUUGCCAAACGUCGGUGAUGCGAGCAUCACGGAGGACGAGGCAGGGGAGGGCGGGCCGCUGAUCGGAGCCAAGACCCAGGUGAAGACCGUGGAUGAGGUGGAUGUUCUGACGGUGCAGGAGAGUCGCCAGCGAAACUGCUUCUGCCUGCUCGCCGGAAUCUUUUGCGGCAUCACCAUUUUUGUUGCCGGCACCCUCUGGGAGAAGCGCAGUUCCAGUGUUGGAUCAAUACUGUCGGUUUCCGGUGGCGAGAAAACUGUGCCCUCUCCCGAUGCUUUGCAACAACCUGCUACAAUCCCAGGCGCUGGAGCCCCUCAUGCCCAAGACCUGCAGCCUCUCGUCACUACUCAGCUUUCGACCACAAUCCCGACUCCUGCCUUUAGACCUGCAACAACCCGGCCUGCGGUGACGACGACGCCGGCAGCGACGGCAGCGACGACGCCGGGGCUGCCUCUUCCAACGCCAACAAAGCAUGGCUUGUUCUCGGCUGGCGACUACAGGUAUCCCCAUGAUCCCAGCAGCUCUGCGUUUAACGCGAAGGCCAUGGAAUGCCUCAGACAGACGAACCCCGACCUCCAGCGCUUUGAGUAUCCUGCUGAUGCUGAAGAGCAUUUCGAAGAGCUGAAUCGAACAAUGAGCCAGUUCACCAAAGGGGUGAAACCGCUCUGCGGCCAAAUCUCCGCUGGCUACUGCGGUCCAUGGCUGGAGAACUACUGGAUCUGGGAAUUCAGCGCCACAUGGAAGAACCGCAAGAAUGGAACACGGCUUCGGGAUAUCUUCGGGCCGUAUAUUCCAAUCAUCUUUCCUUUCCUCGAUAUCUUUGUUCCACAUAAAUUUCGGUACCCGGAAGGCACCCUUGAAACUCUGAACCAAACAUUAAGGCCCAAUGUGCUGUACCUAGCAGUAUCUCAGAACGACGAUGGCAUCUUUGGCCAUCCAGACCGGAAACUCGCAUUCAGGCAGACGGACUUCCCAAAUAUGCUGGUGCUGAGUGCAGGUGGCUACGGCCAUGUCCCCUUGCCACUAUUCAAGCAGAUUGAAGCGCCAGUUCAAGCAGCUCCAAUACCAGAGAGGACUUACGCGGUUUCCUUCAUGGGCUCAAUAAAUCACGGACCAAAGGGAACCCGGUCAGUCAUGAAGGCCAUGGCAGAAAGAUGGGGCAAGCUGAGGAAUAAGACAGUGAAGAUAGGUUUCGGCAAAGACUGGAAGGAGGUCAUGACGAAUACGACCCUGAAUCUCUCUCCCCGUGGUUUCGGACGGAAUGCUUACCGGACAGAGGAGCUGUUUCAGAUGGGUUUUAUCCCAGUCUACAUCCAUGAGAAGGGGCCGUGGCUCUUCUACCGAGAUCUUUGGACCGAGGAGAAAAUCGGCUUCUUCUCCACACCUGGCGGUUUGGAGUCCACCUUGGAUCGCGCUUUAUCUGAUAUGCCAAAGCUCAUGGACAUGGAGAGACGAAUCCGGGCCAUGCGAGACACUCACUUUAUGCCCUUGGGGGUGAUGGACCAGAUCUCGAAGUUCAUGACAGAGCGGGACGGCGGUGGCGACUUGAGGUGUGAACCUUUGCCGGACAGCGUCCUAUGA